AUGUGUGGUAUGCAUGCUUCGGGAAUCAGAGAUAAGAGGACGGUGGACUAUGUCCAAUCAUUUCUACAUCUGGAUUCCACUGGGGGUCACAGUCCAGUGGCCAGUCGAACUUGGGAACAAAUCAAAGCGCAGUCCUUCCAAUUGUGGGAACUUGGUCAAGCUGGCGUCAGGACACACUACGAGAAUAAGUCCAAGGAACUCGGAGUCUGUGAUGCCAUUAAUCUGGAAUUCGUUGAAAUUAUGCUCAAUCCAGCAAAAACCACGGAGCAACAGGCCAUCCGAGACAUCCCAGAAGAGGGCCAAGAACGCCUUUUCAAUUCAUUUUUGCAUCUCAAAGGUUUCGAUGGCUGUAAAGAUACUCCGGUGGAGAUCUUGCACGUCUUUCUACUCGGAAUUGUCAAGUACCUCACCAUUGACUUCCUUGGCACCUUGAAGGGGCCUCAACUUGAGCAAGUCUUAGCCGCCUGGGAAGCAUUCAAUAUUCAUUCGCUCAACAUCACCUCGAUCCCUAGUAAAUUCCUGACGUAA